UGGAUGCUUAAUAAAAGACGCAUUGAUCUUCAAAAGCUUUGAGUCAGGAAGGGACACUGCCCGUGAUUGCAUCCACAACCAACAGUUUCCCAACCUCAUUUUAGCAACCUAUCAAGCGACCUCCAUCAACCGAGAAAUUAUCAAAAUGGCAGAAAGAACCUCGCCUCACAGAGAACUUGAUCUCAUCAGCAAAGUCGCAGUAAUCAGCGGUGCAUCCCGCGGCAUCGGUCGCGGCAUCGCAUUCAACUUGGCUUCACGAGGAUGCUCCAUCCUCGGCACCUGCGUUAGUGACAAGGGCGUCGAUGCUCUAUCAACAGGCUUGGACGAUGAGAUCACCCAACGUGUUUACAAAGACACGUCUAGAGAGCGUCCGCCAGGUCAACAGAUCAAGGGAGUAAUCGCCGAUGUAUUCUCCCCCAACUGCGCCAAAACAAUUGCCUAUGCACUUGAGAAGUCUUUUAAUGGUCGCGUCGACAUUCUUGUGAACUCUGCCGGUGACCCGAUGCCUGGAGUUAUCGGCCAGAUGACCACGGAGGAGAUCCAACGAAGCCUUCUAGGUAAUGUCCAAGCCCCAGUUCAAAUCGUCGAAGAACUCGUCCGCCGAAAGCUCUUCCAACCCAACAGCCGCAUCAUCUACAUAUCAUCAGUACGCUCGCGCCUCCCAUGGGCCGACCAACUUAUGUACGCCGCUGGUAAAUCGGCUGGUGAGUCGCUGUGUCGAACUUGGUCACAAGCCUUUGGUGGAAAGGACGAUCGAUACGCCUUCAUGUCAGGGACAACUGCGAAUGCUGUCACAGCGGGUUUGACGGAGACUGACGCUGUUAUGGACUGUGGACCGGAGGUGGUCAAAACCUUUCAGGAUGAAUUCUUUCCCUUACAGAGUAUACCCAAAUUUGGACAGCCUGAGGAUGUGGCUGAUGUUGUAGGGAUGCUUUGUGGCAAUGAUGGACGAUGGAUUACUGGAUCUGUUAUUAGUGCGAGUGGUGGCUGUAUCAAGAUGCAAUAAGUAAAGAGCAUGUCACAUAGGGAAAAAUUGAAAGAAUACCUAACGAGGUUUUUAUUGGCUUUAUUGACAUAGGUUACACCAAAACAAGGUGGCCAAGGUAUCUCUAUACAAGAGCUAAACGGCAUCAUGCCCAAG